AUGGCUGCAGAAGAUGGAUCCAUGAAGAUGAGAAAAAGGUCAAGAACUCCAGGCAGAGGGAACAUGGGUUUAAAAUCCAUGCGAUGCAAUAUCAAGACGACGUUUACCUUGAAUACAGCGUGUACUGCGUGUGCUGCAAUGCCUAAAAUGUUGUGUCCAAGAGGCUGGUUAAGGACCACCCAAGGAUUAGGAGUGAGGGACUGCAGAUACACUGUCAAGUUAGGAGAAAAUACCCUUUCCCAGCCAGGGUGCCAUCACAUAUGUAAGAAGGAAAUUGAGGAGAAAAAGUGCUGCCCAGGAUUCUGGGGUACGGAGUGCUAUGAGUGUCCAGGUGGCUCUCAGAAUCCCUGCAAUGGCCAUGGGACAUGCUUGGAUGGUAUGGAGCAAAAUGGGACCUGCAUCUGCAAGGAGCAAUACAGUGGUUUUGCCUGCCAGAAUUGUCGAGAUGAAAAUCGUUUUGGCCCAGACUGCCAGUCAGUGUGUGACUGUGUGCACGGGGAAUGCAACAGCGGUGUCACUGGGAAUGGAAGCUGCACGUGCUAUGGAGGCUACACUGGCCCCAGGUGUGACCAAGAGCUUCCCCUUUGCAAAGGCAUGACAUGCAAGGCCAACAGUGAAUGUGUGGUAAGGGAUGGGACAGCAAUGUGUGACUGCAAGCUGGGCUACAGAAAAAGUGGGAGCACUUGCCAAGCUCAGGAUCCUUGCGAUGCUUCUCCAUGCUCCCCCUUUGCUGUAUGUAAGGUUCUUGGACCACGAACGUAUCAAUGUACCUGCAAAGAAGGAUUUCAAGGAGAUGGGAAGAUUUGCCAGCCCAUAAACCCUUGUGUUGACAGCAAUGGAGGCUGCCCAGAAAACUCUACGAUUUGUGUUUACAGACGUCCAGGAGAGGCAUCUUGUGUUUGCAAGCCUGGGAUGAGUAGGAGAGGUCCUUCGUCUGAGUGUUCUGUACUUCCCAACAACUGCCAGAAGUAUUUUUGUGACGUGACUUCCACGUGUGAAAUUAAUUCCCAGGGGAAUCCUAGCUGUGUGUGUAAAGAAGGGGAGAUUGGAGAUGGGAGAAGUUGCUAUAAAGAUCUCUUGAGUGAGAUAAAUCAGCAUAAUUCACGAGGAAGGUUUGCUAAGAAAUUGAACGUCGCCAGGAAAAUGUUUGCUUCUGGUUGCUCAGUGUUGCUGACUAAAUAUGGGCCUUUCACAGUCUUUGUACCAUCCCUUCUUCCGAUUCAUGAUAGAAUGGAAUUUAACGAUACCACUGCUGAGCAUUUGUGCAGAAUGCACAUUGUUCCAGGUCUGCAUUUCGUAGAAGACAUGGUCAAAGCCAAGACUAUGUGGACCUUGUCAGGACAUCAGCUAACAUUCAGUAGCCAGAGGUAUAGCAAAUCAUUUCGAUAUCAAGACCUGCCGGGGGAACUGUACAAUGUUUUGCAACUGAACCUACCAGCAGCCAACGGCAUCAUGCAUAUUGUUAACAACCUAAGGAAAAAACCCAGCACUGACAACCUCAGAAACCCACAGAAAACCAUUGGUGAGAUCCUUGCUUCAAUGGAGAUUUUCAGUAGAUUUGAAACUAUACUGGAGAACUGUGGCCUUCCUGCAAUACUGGAUGGGCCAGGCCCCUUUACUGUAUUUGUACCCAGCAAUGAUGGUGUGGAUAAUUUGAGAGAUGGAAGGCUCAUUUAUCUUUUCACAGAGGGAAUAAAUAAGCUUCAGGAACUUGUGAAACAUCAUAUCUACACUUCAGCAGCGGUGACUGUAGAGAAACUGAUAAUGAUGCCAUACAUUGUUACUAUGGCUAACCAGAUACUUACCAUCAACAUCAGUGCAGAUGGAAGAAUUCUGAUGGGUGAAUCGGGGAUCCCCUUGAACAUGCGAGACAUUGUGGCAUCAAAUGGUAUUAUUCAUACCUUGGACGGCAUCUUCAUCCCGCCUUCAAUAAUUCCCAUUUUGCCUCACAGAUGCAAUGAAGAGCAACAUAAAAUUGUGAUGGGCUCUUGUGUGGAUUGUGAGGCCCUCAACAACAGUGUUUGCCCACCUGGCAGCAGAGAAAUGGAACAAACACUCUUCCCAAAAGAAUGUGUCUACAUCCAUGAUCCACAAGGCCUGAAUGUCCUGAAGAAGGGGUGCGCCAGGUACUGCAAUCAAACCGUCACGAAACCUGGAUGCUGCAAAGGUUUCUUUGGUCCGGACUGCAUGCCAUGCCCAGGGGGAUUUUCCAGUCCAUGUUAUGGCCAGGGAAAU